GUGCGUUGUCAUAGAAACACCUUAGCUUGCGCUUGAUUCCUGCGUCCGAGGGUGCUGCAGGUGUAAAGGCUUUAGCUCUGCUAGAAGACAUUCCCCCCACCACUCCCAACCCCACCCUCAGGAUUGAUUCGCGAACAUGGAGGUGUCUUACCCUCGUACCACGCAGGAGUAGGAAGAACGGAGACUCUCGGAUCCUGCCUAGCCUGGAAGAGAAAGGCCGGGAGCACCAAGAGGCAGUCUGAAAGCCUCGAACCUUCCUCCAAAAGCUUGGGAUUCUGAGAUGACGGUGUCAGUGACUGGUGAACCACCUACUGAUGUAGAAGAAGGAAUAGCUAUACAUACAGAUAUAGAAAUCAUCCCAGAAAUCAUAGAGCCACUCUCCCUUCCAGAUGUGCUGAGGAUCUCUGCAGUUCUGGAGGAUACCACAGACCAGCUCUCUAUUCUAAACUAUAUCAUGCCAGUUCAGUAUGAAAGAAGACUAAGCAUGAACAUGAAAAGCAAAGAAAUGAAUUCAGAGGGAAAAAGCCUAGACAAACUUCCAAUGGUCUCAACAAUCUCAAAAGUACCUAAAGAAGGACCCAAGUUGCCAGAAAUCAGACAAAAAGGCCUGGAGUUUAACAAAAUGCAGGAUCUUAUCUUCAAAACACCUACAAAGCAGUCCAUAAUAACUACGGAGACACUGAAGAAAAUUCAGAUUGACAGGCAAUUUUUAAGUGAUGUGAUUGCAAAUGCCAUUACGGAAUUGCAAGAUUCAGGCACUUUCACAAAUCUCCUGUCAGCUUUAAGCAAAGAGAAGGAAAACAAAAUGCAUUUCUAUGAUGUCAUUGCCAGGGAGGAAAAUGGAAGAAAAAAGAUAAAAUCUCUUCAAAAACAGCUGGUUAAUGUCAAAAAAGAAUGGCAAUUUGAAGUACAGAGUCAGAAUGAAUAUAUUGCUCACCUCAAGGACCAAUUGCAAGAGACGAAGGCAAAAACCAACUUGGAGAAUCAGUAUAUGAAAAGAAAUACUGAACUGCAGAUUGCCCAGACCCAGAAAAAAUGUAACAAAACAGAGGAACUCUUGCUGGAGGAGAUUGAGAAACUAAGAAUGAAAACUGAAGAAGAGAACCGGAUUCAUAUGGAGAUUGAAGUGUUCCUUAGAAAGGAGCAGCAGAAACUUGAGGAGAAGCUAGAGUUCUGGAUGGAGAAAUAUGAUAAGGACACAGAAAUGAAACAGAAUGAACUAAAUGCUCUCAAAGCCGCAAAGGCCAGUGACUUAGCACGCCUUCAAGAAUAUGCAAAGAUGAUAAGGGAGUAUGAACAGGUCAUCAUUGAAGAUCGUAUAGAAAAGGAGAAGUGCAGGAAGAAGAUAGAACAGGAUAUCUUGGAAUUAAAGAGCAUCAUAAAGCUCCAGUCCUGGUGGCGAGGCACUGUGGUACGGAGGGAAAUUGGUGCUUUCAAACUGCCUAAGGACAAAGAGGAUAGCAAGGACUCAAAAGGUAAAGGCAAAGACAAGGAUAAGCGGAAAGGCAAGAAGUGACCAAAUUAUCGUUUGCUGUUCUGGAGAUGGGAAUGAGGACUUGGAGGGAGUACAAAGCAUCUUGUACCAUCACAGAUAACUCACCUACAGGUUGUUUCUUAGACAUUCCCAGAGGAAGCCUGCUGCCUUCACUUUGCCUGUUACAAUUGUUUUCAAACACUGAAUUGGGUUUCCUCAUAUUUUGAAUUUUGCUGGGAAGAAGUUUCUAGUAGCCAUGUGAAGAUUCCUCUUGCUCUUUCUCACCAGAAAAAAGUUGAUGGACUUAGUUACAGUGAUCCAUUAAAACUUCAGUAAUUCCUGUCAUGUCUCU